GAUGGUUCUGCGCAUGGUAGGCGAACAGCGGAAAACACGAUAACCAGUCCGACACCAUCACUGAGACGGUGGAUGACAGCAAGCCAGCCCAGAUGCAAAGAAGAUUACCAUUGUCUUUACUGCCGUCAUGCAAGCCAGUCCCAACUGUGAGACAUGAGUCCCAUGCUUUUCCUGGACAGAACGGAUCAUUGCACAUACCCCCUCUCUGUCCCACGGGCGACUACCUUCCACAGGCAGAUCCCAAACGGGCAGGGCCGAAGCUUCAGGAGCGCCAUCCCUCAUCCUUCUUCCUUCGCGGAUGGCAUAACCAACCCAGGUCAGCGGACUAUUGGCUGGGAGGCUUUCUUCACCGGCUGUUGCUGCCUGAGGGAGAGUCGAUCCGGCCACCUCCGUGCCCCAGUUAUCGGCUGCCAUUGGGAGAUCCGCCGGAGUCCCUGACGAGUGGAGGCCGCCAAGGCGCCGUGGGUCUCGGGUGGGCUGCCUGGACGGGUGAAGAUCGACGGACCCUGAGCCUCUGGGGGACACAACUGGAAGAACGUGCCAGGCACCAGCCUAUCUUAUCGGGCCCCUAGGGAUGCAAUGUAACCUCGGAAGUGCUGGUCGGCCGUGUUGCUGUUCUCCCCGUCUGCCGACAGAUAGGAGGCCCCCGACGGGAUGAAGACCGGACGAGGGAGACCUCCAAGGGAUAAAUAGGUUGUCCAGUCCAAGGGGGGUUGGAGGACCAGACACACACAUACUCUCCAAUCCUCUGCGAGCAGGCCAACAGUCAGC